AUGUGUUCCGACCGCGCUCCUCCUCCUCCCCCGGAAUCCAGCGUCAUUGAACCUGAUAACUUCAGCGACAAUGACUCCACCUAUCCCGGCUCGCUGGGCGACGCCAGCUACACCACCAGCAUCACGUCCAGUGCUAUGAACUAUGCAUAUGAGAACGGUCGCAGAUACCAUUCCUACCACGAGGGAGAAUACGUCCUGCCCAAUGAUGAACAAGAACAAGAUCGUCUCGACCUGAGCCACCACAUCUAUCGUAUGCUCUUCAAGGGAGAGCUGAACAGAGCACCCAUCAAAAAUCCCGCGCGCGUACUAGACAUUGGAACCGGCACGGGAAUCUGGGCGAUCGACUAUGCCGACGAGCAUCCCGAAGCAGAAGUGAUCGGAAACGAUCUCAGUCCCAUUCAACCGUCCUGGAUUCCGCCGAAUUGCCGAUUCGAAGUCGAUGAUUUUGAGCAACCAUGGUCCUACAGCAAACCUUUUGAUUAUAUCCACGGUCGAGAGCUAGAAGGCUGCGUUCGCGAUAUCGACAACCUCUAUCGCCAAGCACUCGAGAAUCUGAAGCCGGGAGGAUGGAUGGAAAUGGCCUCCAUGGAGGUCAACACAUACUCAGACGACGAUACACAUUUAAGGGCCAAGAAUCUGCUAGAGGGCAUAGUCUAUAUGCAUGACUGCGCUCGGGAGUAUGGAAAAGACAUGACCAGUGUGCACAGCUGGAAGGAGAAGAUGGAAAAGGCCGGUUUCGUCAAUGUCCGGGAAGAGAUCUUCAAGCUCCCCCAAAGCCCCUGGCCGAAGGACCCCAAGAUGAAAGAUCUCGGUCGCUAUCACCAAGUCAACAUGUUCGAGGCGUUGGGCCCGUACUGCUACGCGCUGUUCACGCGCGUGAUGGGCUGGGAAAGAACGGAGAUUGAAGUUUUUGUUGCCGGCAUGAAACAGGAGUUGCGCGACUUGAAUAACCACUUGUACACGAAAGUGCACAUUGUGUACGGGCAGCGGCCGGAAUGA